AAUCCUUUGCAUCUCUUAUCCACAAUUCAAAGCCAACAACAACUUUGUUAAGCUAAGCUAAGAUAAGAUAAGCUACUCAUUAUAAUGGAAACGAAAGAGCGGAAGACUUUGGUUGCUGUGGAUGAGAGCAAAGAGAGCAUGCAUGCACUGUCCUGGUGCAUCAGCAAUCUUAUUUCUGAAAACAACAACAACAAUAAAAUCCACAACAACCUUGUUCUCCUCUAUGUUAGACCACCUUCUGCUGUCUACUCCUUGGAUGCUGCAGGGUACAUAUUUUCUGAUGACAUGAUUGAUGCUAUUGAAAAGUACAAUAUGCAGUUAGCUAAUUCAGUUAUGAGACGAGCUGAAGAUAUUUGUGGAAACUUGAAUGCUUCCAAUAUAAAGGUGGAGAAAGUAGUUGGGACAGGAGAUGCCAAGAAUGUUAUCUGUAGUGCAGUGAAGAAACUAGGGGCUGACACCUUGGUCCUGGGAAGUCAUGACUAUGGCUUCUUUAAGAGGGCACUACUUGGAAGUGUGAGUGAUCAUUGUGCCAAAAAUGCAAAGUGUCCUGUUGUAAUUGUGAAGCACCCAUAAAAGAAACUGGUUUCCUUUAGGUCUCUGUUCAACUAAAACACAUCCACCAUGUUGUUGCCUAUAAUUUAUUUAAAUGUAAUUUGCACUUUGUUUAAUACAAAUCUACAAGUAUUUGGUA